AUGAAAAAUAAUGCUAGAAAUAAUGCGGGAGUACAAUCAACAGCCCUUCCUGUGUCAUUAGGUUGGGGUAAAAAGGAGACGCAGUUUCAUGGAUCGGAAGGCAAGGAAGCAGCUUUAACGAAGCCAGUACUACCAGUUAUAAAUACUCAGUACGAUGAUGGUCGUUUCGAAGUUGCUUGGCGUGAUGAUGGCCUUUAUUUUGCAGUAUCAUGGUUGGAUCCAUCAGCAGAAAAUCGCAGGCGUAUACGUGUCUACAAUGAUUCUGGUGAACUAUUCUCAACAACUGAGAUAACGAAUAUAAUUUCUCCUGGACUUUGUUGGAGACCUCGUGUCCAGUUGAUUACUACUGUUCAAAGAAGAGAAGGUCGUGGAUUAGAUAUUAUAUUUUUUGAGUCUAAUGCACAACGUCAUGGGGAAUUUGAACUACUCAAGGGUGAAUCUGAAAAAUACUAUCAAGUUGAAUCAAUUGCAUUCAAUCCUAUUGGUUCAAUUCUAGCUAUCUUAUGUAGUGGAAUACAGGAUCAUCCAUGGUUUAUUCGUCUACUAACUUGUUCAAACUAUCAUUGGUCUACAAAGCAACAUUUCUGUAUUCAAUCUCCAUUGAAUGGUGAUAAGAUAUCCAGUGUCUCAUUAGCCUGGGAUAUUCAUGCAUACAGUACAGAUUUAUCCACACUUUAUUGUGCUGUAUCCAUCGAUAAAGCAGUUGUAGAGAGUGAAAAAGGUCAAACACUUUUACAAUGUUGGAAAAUGAAUACUGCUUAUAAUUCAUCGUGUAUACUAACAAGUUGUGGAAUCAAUAUGACAGCAUUGAAUUCUGGUCUUGUCACAGUAAUUAACGGAAAUACUGUUGAAAUAAAUUCUUUUAGUUAUUCUGUUAUCCCACCGCCAAUGUUCGCUACAAGAUUGAUAUUUGAUACUGAUAAAGAUCAAUCCAACAAGUGUAGAUCACAGCAUACUUUCACUCCAUUUAUAGUAUCAGUAUCUACACCAAAUAUAUGGUUAUCUUAUGAAUUUGAAUCGUAUAAUGCUAUGCCUAUGCUUAUUCAAACAAUUGACUAUCAUCAAUCGUGUAAAACAUUAUUUCCAAAUAUUUAUUUUAUUACUAUGACAACUGGUACUUCAUUGGAAAAGGCAUCAUUUUGUAAUGGUGAAGUCUGUGCUGAAUGGCAUAAUGGAGCUCAAAAUGUAGCGCCUUGGCCAAAUACUGUCGUUAAAAUUAAUAUGGAGAAAUUAUUUGGUGAUCACAAAGAUGAAGAAUUGAAAUCCAUCCUACACGAGGUCGAACAGAAAAACGCUUACCUUUUCAGCCGACUAAAUGGUCUUCUGUUAUGUUAUUUGGAAAUGAAAAGUCUAUAUUCUGACAAUGAUUCAAAUAUGGAAGUGAACAUUUAUGGAAGAUGGUUACUUAGAGCACCUUCAUCUGCUCGAGAAUUUAGACUGCCAACAGAAAGAGAUAAUCAUAAAUCUGCUAGAAUAUCAAAUAUUUGUUGUACAUUUGAUAGACGUGUUUGUGUUCAAAUGUCUAAUGGUAUUGUUAACAUUUAUUCUGUACAAGAACUAUUGAAUAGUAAAUACUGUCAUGAAAUAAUGCCAUCAAAUGAAUUGAGUAUCGAUAGUUUACAAUCAUUUAGUCCAUUGAAUUGUACAAUUCAAUUUCCAUCCAUAUGUGAUCAACUUUUAUGUAUACCAGCCUUUGAUCAACAGAAACAUAAUAUCCAUUCCAAUCUAUUAGUUGAUACACAGACAACUUUAAUUUUACUCGGUUUCAAUAAAUCAAUUCAUCGGUUAUUUGCUACAAUAUUACCAAAGAAUAAAUUAACACAUUUUCAACAAACUGAUAGUAUUAUUAUGAGUAUUUCAGAUGUAUGCACUUCUGUGGCUAUUCUACCAGAAUUUUUACUGAUGACAAGUACACGUAGUCUAUUGAUGUGUGUUUCAUUAUUCUUUGAUUCACCUCAAAUCAAUGAUCCUACUAGCCUUUUAAAAGAAUUACUUUCGCGACUUAGUAUCCCAUCAGAAUUGGAGCUUGGUACACGUAAACCACCACGGAAUUGGUAUAAUGAUAACUUGCAUCCAAUUGAGUCUGGUGCAGUGAUUGUCACUACAAUUCCUAAUGAUACUAAAGUGAUUUUACAAAUGCCACGUGGAAAUCUUGAAGAAGUUCAUCCUCGUGCUCUUGUCUUAUCACAUUUAUGCAAAUUAUUAAAUAGUAAACAAUAUGAGCAAGCAAUCAAAGUAAUGCGUCGUCAUCGAAUCAAUUUCAACCUUCUUUAUGAUCAUAAUCCUAGUUUAUUUUUAUCGAAUAUCAAACAGUUUCUACAAUCAGUUCAGGAACCGGAUCUGAUCACAUUGUUCAUAUCGGAUCUUGUCGAAGAAGAUGUAACAGAAACAGUUUAUCAUAAAUUUUACUCAAAAUCUAUUGAACGUCGUCAUUCAGUAUUAACUAGACAAUUAACUUCUACGCCUAAACUUGAUCGCAUAACGGAUAUUUUAAUUGAUGAAAUGGAGAAAUACAAUGAGUCUAAACUAAUUGUACCAAUAAUAACCUGUUAUGCCAAGAAAGUUCCACCAAACUAUGAAGCUGCAUUACUCAGACUUCAAAGAUUACAUGAUAAUGGAGAUAUUCAAACAUGGAAUAUUGGUUUACGUCAUUUACAAUAUUUUGCUACACCAAUAGAAUUGUAUAAAGUUGCAUUGGGUACAUAUAAUUUGAAUUUAGCUGAAACAAUGGCACAACGUACACAAUUAGAUCCUAAAGAAUAUUUAUUCGAAUUGAAUGAAUUACGUCGAUUAACAAAUGAUUUACAAAUAUGUCAUUGUAAUACAAUAGAACAAGCAAUAGCCUAUCAACAGUAUAAAAUUGAUAAUAGUUUAAAGAAAUUUUCAAAAGCAGUUCAACAUUUGAUUGUAUCAGGUCCAGAACACAGAGAUGAACUUUUGUCAUAUGUGAAAACACAUCACUUAUACGCACAAGUAGCUGAAAUAUUACCACAGGAUGCUGAAGAAUUCAAGGAACUUUGUCAUUCGUGGGCUGAAUAUUUAAUUUCAUCACAAAAUCUUAUUUCUGCUGGACAAGUUUAUAUGAAAGGUGGAUUUUUUGGUUUAGCAGCAAAAACAUUUCUGUCUGCUACAAAUACCCAAUUGUGGUGUAUUGCUGCUACACGUUGUCUUGAACUGAAUGAGAAACAAACUGAUGAGGUGGCAUUUACUGAAAGAUACUUGAGUCAUGCAGAGAUACAUGCGCAGGCAAUAAGAUUGAUUGGUCGUCUAAAAGAUCUUCAACGUCAUCAAGAAGCUAUUCAAAUCUGUAUUGAUAUUUUAGAGGAUCCUGUAAUGGCUAUUAGAACAGCUUGUGAAGAUAAUCUUUGGAUGGAUGCUCAUCGAUUGGCAUCAUUAUAUCACAAGAAUGAUUUCUUAAAUCAAAUUCUCAAGUCAUAUUUAACUGAAAAUUAUUCUAUAUUAAAAGAAAGACUUCAAAAAUCAGUUGAAAGUUAUGAUAAACUAAUUGAUAGAUUGAUGACACUUCGUCGAAAGCAUAAAGAACAAGCAGAAAUACGACGAUUCACUCAAGGCCAUGGUGAUAUCGAUUGUCUUGAUGAUAAUUUUACAGAAUCGGAAACUAAUUCAGAUAUCAGUAGUUUAUCAGGAUCCAAAAAGUCUGGACGUUCAAUGAAAGCAAAACGAAAACAAGAAUCAAAGAAAUGGAGUUCAAAACCAGGUAAUAAAUAUGAAGAAGUUGGUCUUCUGUACGAACUUACACAAUCAAUUGAAAUGGCUCAAACACUUGCCAAUGAAGUUACUGACACAGUUAUGGAAUUAUGGGAUGCAAAUCUAUUUGAAGAGAGUCGAACAUUGGUCCGCUUAACCAAUGACUUAUUAAGGAAGCAAAAACAAGGCAUACCUUAUAUAUGGGAUGAUUGGAUAACUGCUAAAUGUACAGAGGAGAAUGAACAACACUUCUAUGGACGAAAAAAAUACCCUAUUCAAGAACCAUUCCUAUGCUUCCCGCCAAAGAUGAAGAAGACCACCAUUGAAUGUUGUGUACUGUAUAGAUAA